CGAGUGCCGUAAAACACUUUAAAAAACUUUAAAAAGACAGAUCUAAAUUUAUUUUUGCGCAUUUGAUUUGUGUGAUGGACAUUAUUUAGUGAACAAUGCUUUUUGCCUCUUUCAUGAGGUACAUCCGCUAUUCUCCAUUCUAUAAACUUCCGGUUUAUUUUAGGCUACUAAGGAAUUGUUGGAAAAAUCUUUGAGCGGAUGUUGUCCAAGUCAGUCAGUCGCCAUAUUGUUCGCCAUUUUGCUCAGUGUAGCGAGUUGCAAAAGCUGUCUUCUGUUUGAAGUGUGUUGACUCACUGCAUUUAGUUGGAGACGAUUUGCAAGUUAUCCAGAACAAUUGUUUGGCUGUCGAGUCGCUUUUCUGAAGAUUUCACGUCGAUCUUUAGUAUCUUUGUCUUCCAGAGAUCGAUUCGUUCCUGUACUGAAGUAGAAGAGUCCUGCCUUCUCUUUGUCUUUGCCGCCGCCAUGGGGAAUUUUGCGUCACUUCUCCCAGAUGAAUCAGUAAUAGAGUGUAUUGACUUGGUGGAAGGUCAGUUCUAUGGCCUGGAAGGACCGCACAUGUUCUUGGGAUUUGAGGCAUUCCACCAGAGGACGGAGAGACACGUUGGACCGGCAAGAGAGCACGAGUCACUGGAGAGCCCGUCAUGAAGCCGGAAGACGUGGCCACUCAGCAGACCUAAGCCAAGACUGGCCUGAGCUGGAUUUCCUGCAGAGACUGCCACAGUUCCCCUUCCCCAUCCCCUCCCUUGCAGAAGUUGGAAGUACUGGGCCUCAUCGUGGCGCAAGGGUGAACACCCUGUUCAAACCACAAGACACCUGUCCUGCUGAAACAGGAGCAGACUGUGUGGAGAGGUUUGAGCUGGGUGGCCAACACAGUACUACACUCACCAGUGUGAAGGAUGAAUGGAGAGUCUAUAGGCAAGUGUGCAAAAUGUGGGCUGUUGGAUGUAGUUUGUUGGUGUAUUGAAUGAAAGUCCGAACUUGAACUUCUUGUGUUUUUUAACCCUUCCAGCCCCAUGGGCGUAUAUUUUCAGCAGCACUUGCACCUCCCACGGUCCCAAGAGCAUAUAUACUGUUUUGGGGGGUACCGAAUUUGCGCAUUUUCGGAAAACGCGAACCUAAUUAAACUUUAAUUUUCAUAUUUGUACAUUUACC